AUGGUUUCAGCAAAAGGAAAACCCACCGAUCCGAAGUUGAAGGACAAGCCGCCACGCACAGAAGUGAAGAACCAACCCAACAAGGAUGGCAGUGGUAAAGGCAAGAUGGCCGCCUGGAAGGCCGCAAAGAUAGGCAAAGAAUACGAAGCGCGCGGCGGCGACUACACCAACGAACCCGGCAGCAAAGACAAGCCUCAAAAGGGCCCCCCAGUCAAGAAAUCGCCCUCUGAGAAGAAAUCAGAGACAACAAAGGUUAGUAGUAAUCACAAUCUCCAGCAGCCAUCGAAUCCAUCUCUACAUCUAAACACAACCUCGGACUCGGAUUCGAACAUCGCUCUCCCUCUACCCAAGCCGGCCCGCAAGCGCACGAAAACCCUCGUGCUGCGGCUGAAGAGGCCCGAGGCAACUAGCACGCGCCAGAUCACUAGAUUGUGCGAUGUUCCUUCGGGAGAACGAGGUUCGGUUCCGGGGACGGCGUAUGUGCCGAUGGAAAGAUCACCGUUGCGCAAAGUGAGGAAUCGGUCUGAUAGCAGUACGCAGCAGGAAUCCGGACCUGGAUCUGGAUCCGAGGAGAAGAAGAAGAAGGCUCCUUCGCGGGGACGGCCCAGUGGUGUCGCGAAGAAAGGGAAUAAGAAGGAGGUGAAAGAGCCGAAGAAGGGAGAGAGGAGUAGUGCUAGGCAGGCGGGGAAGAAGGCUGAGAAUGUGAAGGCGAAUAGGGGAAAGAAGAGGAAGAAUGAGACUGAUGAUGAUGAUGAUAAUGCGAAGAAGUUGAAGAGGGAUAAUUGA